UAGCGCGAAAAUGUUUAGUCAGCUGUUUUAAAAAAAUGUUUAUGUUUACAUUUUUUGCUUUUAAAUAUUUUUUUAAAUUUGUUGUGCAGAUAAUUAGACAUUAAUAUGGAUUUUGAUUUGUUUGAACCAGAUGAAGAUGACGAUAUUUUGUCUACGCUUAAUAUUGAACCAACACAAGUUCCCAACGAUGCCUUAAGCAAUGAUGUUAUACCAGAAUUUCAAUGUCAGGGAGAGGAUUCACUCAAUGCCCAAUUUUCUUUAGAUGGCUUCAUUAAAAAUACAUUUUUACAUUAUAAUUUCGAGAAUAAAAAUAAAGCGAUCGAGGAGGUUUCACUAAGUUCUUAUGAAUUUCAAAAACAACAGCUAAAGGGAAAUACAGUAACUAGUUUCGUAUUUGGAGAGGCCUGCACAAAUGUACAAUAUUUAAUAAGUAGUGUUCAGGGCCCCUUGGGAACCUCCCAUGAGGAAAUAUCAUUUUAUCGAAGACGACGUCAAGUUACUUUACUAUAUCACCUCAUACUCCAAACUACACAUACAGAAGAAUGGAACUUUUUUAAACCCCACCUUACACGUCUUCGAUCACUUUUGAAUAAUUGUAUACAAACGGAAACUUUGAAACUUGUGUACUUUGCCAAUAGUUGCAAAGGCAAUGAAUGUAAUAUACCAGCGUACCAUUUAUUACAUGGUCUACUCGAAUGGAAAUUUUUAGAUUUAUGUAUUUUAUAUAAAUACGAUUUAAACUCUGUAACAGACCUAGAAAAUUCUGCAAAAUCUUCCAGCUCAGUCAUAAGUCAAUGCGAGCGUAUCGUUAAUGAUUUAUUGAUCUGUUCAAUAUUUGUCUAUGCUAAAAAACGUUCGGCAGAAUUGUUGUUUUCUUCACCAUUUCCUUGUACUUGUGUAAAAGAAGUGUGGCUACUUUUACAAUUUUCUUUGCAAAAAUGGUCAUUAAGCGAGAAACCAGAUGAAGAUAAGAUUUCAUUUUGGUCUUUAUUUAAUAAAUCAAUGGACCGAAUAAGAACAAAAAUGGAUGAUUAUUCUUUAACGACCGUUAGUUACUGUGAAUUUUCCAACUGGAUGUUACACGCCUUAGUACGUUUACAUGGCUUUCGUUCUAACGGUCAAUAUGAAGGUCCAAACUAUUCCAGAGCAACUGGUGAGGCUGCAGAAAAUUUUGAAUUUUGUGAGCGUACAACACAACAAUUUCUUAAUGCAAAUCCUAACGAAGAUCAACUGCGCAUAUUUAUAUGCCUUUUAACACCGACACUAAUCCAAUGGUGGCAACCCAAAGUAAACAUUCCUAUGAUACUGUGGGAACAUUUUCACAAGAAAUUGAACUCUUCAUUUUAUAUAGCGGGAACAGCACCCAGCAAUUUAGCAGUAUCCUGCAAUAGUGGACGAGCAUAUAUUGAUAAGUAUCGUAAUUUAUUGGACAAACCUCCUGAUGCCAAUUUAAGUAGUUAUACACUUUUCGUUUUAUUAAUGGGUAAAUGUUUGGAGAGAUUAUUGUCAUGCCAUGCCAAUCAUCAGGUGCAGAAACUACUUGGUCGCGUCUAUACAAAAUUUAGCACACAAAAAUUUCUAACGCUCAAUGAAACAGGUAUUCAUCAUUUAAUCGAAUUAUUUUUGGUAUUAUCACUUUGUGGCGAUUUUAGUGAUUUAUCGAUAAAAUUAAGAGAUAAACUUUUAUCCAUAUCAUUCGAAAAAGUAACGGGUCCUAAGCAAGUGGCUGUGGCAAAGGGUCACAUGGCUUUAUGGAUAUUAUAUGCCGAACAUAAAUACGAUUUAACGGAUUAUGCCAUAAAACUUUUGCAACAACUAACAAGCAUACGUAACGAUCUCUCAGUAUCCAAGAUUAUGGCAGACACACUAUUAGAUAUAUUUGAUCAUGCUGAUACUUUUCAAAGAGGUGAACAUCUAUUAGUUGGUUCUUGGAUACCAAACUUUCUUAAUAAUUGUACACCGGUAGAACAGGACAGAACUUUGGAAGCAAUACAUUUAAUAUUUGUAAAAAUUCAAAGCACAGAACAAUUUUUGGAUGCAAACAACGAGUUACUAAAGGCUCUUAAUAGCACCAUAUUACCUUUUGUCAAGCAGCAGUAUCUCAAUAAUUACAGCCAGUGGUUGCCAAUAUUAGCAGCCGAUUUCUGCACUCAUUCGUUUGCGGUAACAGAUGUGCAAAGUUUUCAAAAAUUAUUUAACUAUUUUUCCGAACAACAGCCCGUUAAUCGUCAAGCAGUCCCACAAUUUUUACUUAAAAUUCUGGAAUCUGAUCGUAAUACACUUGUAGAUCACACUACUAUUAUGCAAAUUUGGCUCAAAAGUCUAGUGGUGUUGACGGCUGGCAAUGAGGAUGUGGCUAAACUUACAAAAAUUGUUGUCAAAUUGCCCGAAUUCUCAUCAAUGACAAAUACUGAUGCCGAGGAGUUGAUUCAAGCUAAAGAGCCCUUAUGUAUUUUUGUAGCAGCAGUUGGAAAAAAGUAUGAUAACACUAGUGACUAUGGCCAACGUAAUACAAUUUCAAAUAACUUCAAUUCGUAUAUACGCAAUUUUGACAAAUGGCUAAAUACUGAUUUUAAAUUGGAGAAAUCUGAAUUGAUCUUUCGUUUUUAUAGUUUUCUCGCAAUUGUUAUUUUUAACUGCCCGCACAUUGUUUAUGCCAAAUCGAAAAUUACAUGUUUCUUUCACAUAGCUAUCACACGCUACAUUUUACCCACUAGUAUACAAAUGGGUAAAGCGCCAGAAGGCAAAUUAGCACAACUCAUACAUAAAAUAUGGCCAGUGGUAGUACAAGGCAUUGGUCGAUUAAAUUUCAAAUCUGAUGCUUAUUUAAAUAAAACUCUAACGGAUCUCAUACAGAAGUGGACGCCACAUUUUAAGAUUUCUCCAAAUGCUAAACAAGUGGCACGACCCUACAUCAACUGUCUGCAAGGAGAUAAUCAUGAUUUAAGCCUAUUUGUUUUCGAAAAACUAACAAAUCUCUUCUUGUCCACACAAAGGCGGCAGGCCGAUCCAAAUGCUUGCUUAGUUAUUACUAUAUAUCAGGAAGUUGUCGAAUCGAUUGCAUCAAAGUGCGACGAUGAAAAUUCCACCACACGUUUGCAAACAUUUAUGAAAGGCAGCUCUUUAGCCACCCUGGAACAUAUAAUGAUGGUUGACGAAAUUGUUCCCAGUCGCGCUUUGCUCUUAGAUUUAUUCAAACGCAUUAUCCAUAGCUCGGUCUUCAAAAAUUCCAACAUGUUAAAGGAUUUAUUUCGAGAACAUUUACGCAUUUUAUGCAAGAAACAUUUAUCAUUUCAUACGUUUUUCUUUUUUGAACUAUUGAUGAAACUGUGUACCAUUUCCUAUGCAUUAAUUGAGGAUAUAAUUCCGUUUUUAGUGGAUGAAAUCCGCAUUGUAGAGGGAAAACGUGGUGCUGGAGAGGAUAAUCGUAUACGUGGUUGCUUAAGUAAAUUACAACAGAAUAUUGAAUUGGCUAAACAAAAGAAAGUUUAAUUGUUUUUAUUUUUUACAAAGUGAAAAAAUUAAAAUUUUGUAUUUAAUGUUUUUGUUAUUAAUAAAUGUUAAGUUUAGUUUUUUUACUAUACAUUUUA